UUUUAGUCGAAAUAACAAAGGCAAACAGUAAGCACCAUUGACUGGCACAAGGAAUCAAUUGUUUCUUGAUCAAUCAGCAUCAAAGAGACCUCGACCUCUGAUUGAACUGCACGUGACUUCUAGACGUAGCUACAUUUUUCGGAAUUCGAGCGCUGUCUCGAUUCACCACUCGGACCAGAAAACAACACCGUGUCUUUUUUUUAUUUUAUCAGAACGACGAUUUUACCGUUUGCUGACGACCUCUAUUUAGAACAAAAUUACUUUUGGUUGAAUUAGCUAGCGACGUCUACAGAAAUUUGUGCAAAAGCGACUGUUAACAAGCUUGCAAUCCAGUGACUGACAUGUAGCUAACUUCCGAAAAUGAGGAAGAAACAGAUGUCGAGUCGAGUUAGCAACUUGAAGCGGCGAAAGGAGAAGUGCGCUGUUCCCUCAAGCGACCGAAACCUCAAGGUGAAGAGUCCAGAUAAGAGUUCAGUGAAGAGGAUGGAUGUUAAAAAAAUGGAAGACUCAAAAACCGAAAUUCCCCUGAAUGACUGUAUGGUUGGCGGUUGUAUGGAGUCAACAACUACUUCUGAGAGGCUCAUCUGUGACGGUUAUAAAUGGGAUGAAAAGACACGGUGUGGCGCACCACCAGACAUGGAUGAAUUGUGGGAGGGUAAAGAGAAUGGUCUGAGAUUUGAGUUGAAUUACCGCAGAACAAACGUGUUUCCAGAGAAUAUGGAGGGUGAUGAAACUGAAGCCGGUGUUGUGAUUGAUAAGAGCAUCUUCCUUGAUGAUGACAGCAACCAGGUUCUUCCUGUGGAAAAGUUCUUCGGAAACAUGGAAGUUGUACAGGAUUGUCCACAGAGAUCUGCAGCCUCCUUGACCUUCAGCAGGAGGGAGCACCGGAGACGACAGUACUACGCCAAAGAGGACAGUGAUGAAGAGGGCUACACCGACAUGCAGCAAGAGGACAUAAAUGGCACUUAGUUUAUAGAACUAAAUCCUAUCAAUGGGAUGGAUUAAAACCUCUGUCCUUUUACUAGCCUAAUGGCAGACAAGCCUGGGAAAGUGGAUUUGUUCAAUGGAACGAGGGUAUCAAGUUAACUUUUUGCCAGCAUGUACCCCAAAGUUUUUAAAUUUGUAUUGAUUUUUAAAAAGCUAUUUGCACUAACAAAGUAACUUCCUGCUUUUCAAUUAUCAGGACCUAUAGUAUGUAUAUUGUUUAAUUGGUACAGGGUAAGCGCUCGUUCUAUUUUUGAUUGAAUGUGUCUUUUACUUUGUUACUGGUUGCCUUGUCAGUAUGUAUGCACAGUAAUAUCUUUUUAUUUGGUGUUUUUAUAUUGCUAUGUAAUAGCACGACUGAAUGAAUGCAACAUAUAAAUCAUGUAGUCUUUAGGCAGGUUUCCAUUGACCUGGGUUUAUUAGACAAAAGCAAUGUAGCGACAAAAAAAAUGGUGAUGUGUAACGGAAACUGCAGAUAUAGGAAACACUUUCUAAAGACACAUAAAUUACAACAUUUAUAUCAGUUCGAUGGGUGGGAUUUUCCUUUCUUCAAACUCUCUUUGUAAUAAAUGAUUGCUGAAUACUUUGGAAGGUUCAUGGGGAAAGUGUCAUCAUGAGCUCCAUGCUACAUUUCAUUCUAAAUGCCUACUGCAUGCAAAAUCAAUUUCUUCAACUGGUUGGCUGGCAACUUUCACCAUUUAGUUAUUUCUGAUCUGCAGGAGUGUAAAUUUCACAGUGGCACGGACAGUGGUGAUACGUUGGCACAAAAUUAGUCAAUUAUUGAAUUAUAUCCAUUCUGGCUUUCUAGGACUACCUGAGACAUGAAACCGAUAGGUGGGAGAGAAUACAGUCUGUUGCCAGUUUAAGUGCAAUUUGCCUAAACGGGUAAUGGAAACUCAUUCUGAUUGGCUGGGCCUGGCUCCCCAGUGGGUAGGCAUGGCUGCACACCUGCCCGGUCGUGACUAGACAUGAAUUUAUUUCAAUUGACUGAUUUUCCUUAUAUGAACUGUUACUCAGUAAAAAUAAAAUAAUUGUUGCAUGUU